AUGUCCCUAAAGAAGGCUCGAGAACAUUUGCUCUAUGCAUUCGAUGAAAGGUUAAUUACAGAAGAGGAGUUUCUACUCCUGUAUGAUGUGAAUAGGUCAACUAACUUAGAUUUUCCUUACGAGCAGUACCCACUUUUUGAUCUCGACGACAUGCAAAACGACGAGUGCUUGGCGGAGUUUCGGGUCCAUAAAAACGACCUUCCUAUUCUAGCAGAGGUUUUAGGAAUCCCUGACCAAUUUGUCUUGGAACAAAGAAGUGUUGUAGGAGGAAUGGAGGCACUAUGCAUGUUGCUGAAGAGGCUGACAUACCCGUGUCGAUACAGUGAUAUGUUGCACAGGUUCGGACAACGACCUGUAUCGGUAAUGUGCCUGGCUACAAACUGUGUUCUGGACUUCAUUUACGAAGCCCAUUGCCGAAGAAUUACCGACUGGAAUCUGGCCGUAUUGAAUCCACCUGCCCUGCAAACGUAUGCUGAU